GUUGAAACUUGACAGUUGAAUUAGUUCCAAGUUUUCAAGAGCUUAUUUUUUUAUUUUUCACAGUAACAGUAUAGUUUUAGGUUAGGUGAUGUACUGUGAUGAAGUGUGGACCAAAAAUUAUAUGAAAUAUUGCAAAUUAUAUAUAAAAUGCAAGCCAUAGGUGUCACAUGGAGGAAAAUUGCAACAAACAUAAGGAACUCCAGUACGGUUACGAGAUUAAAGAAUAUAGGAACAGUUGCUUUUAGUAAUAAAUAUUUACUUUACACAAAUGUGACAAUUUCUAUAAGUUUAUCUGCAGUGGGUGAUUUAUUAGAGCAAACAUAUGAAGUGUAUACAAAGGAUAUGGACAAAUAUGACUUCAAACGGACUAUGCACAUGGGAUUUUCUGGUGCGGCUGUAGGUGUGCUUUGCCACCACUGGUAUAAAGUGCUAGAUAGGUUCAUUAUAGGCAAGACAACAGAUAUGGUGAUAAAGAAACUAUUGUUAGACCAAUUGAUAUUUUCUCCAAUUAUGAUAGUCACAUUUUUUGGAAGCUUAGCUCUGUUGGAAGAAAAUCCUGUAGAUAAUUUUAAAGACGAAGUUAAAGAUAAGUUUGUUACGCUUUACCAAGCAGAGUGGAUGGUGUGGCCGCCUGCACAAAUAAUCAAUUUUUAUUUCCUGCCAACUAGAUUUCGAGUUUUAUAUGAUAAUACAAUAUCCCUAGGAUAUGACGUUUAUACCUCACAAGUUAAGCAUGGCAAAAAUUUUAGAAAUAAUAAUACAACUGACAAAAAAUUGUCUUGAUGUUGAAUGUGUAAUUAUUAUUUAAUUGUUUACUGAUUCUGUUAUACUUCCUUAAUUACACCUAAUCGCGCAUUGUUGUGAUAAUGUCAUAAUAGUCAAAUGCUAGUUAGUGAUGUAAAUAAAUAUAAUUAAGAACUUGCUGAGCUGUGAUCAUGUACUAUACAAAUGUAAUUUUUCUUAUAAUGUUUGUUACCAAGAUAUGAAAUAUUGUUACAAUACAUACAUAUCAAAUAUAUAAACUAAUUAAUUGUUA